AUGUAUGAAUAUUAUAAGGUGAAGGCUUCCAUUUCUGCAUGUGGAAAACUGGUUCAAGGGCAAGAUGGUCAGGUCGAAGAUAUUCAUUUGUAUCUGAAAAAUGUUCGUGGAACCGCAGCCUAUUGGCAAACGGCACUUAAUGAACUGAUUGGACAAAUACGAUGUCUGGGCCCACCUACGUAUUUUGUAACGCUGAGCUGUAAUGAUUUACACUGGCUUGACAUGCGCAAAGCUUUGUUAGUGGCUGACGGAAGACCGGAUGAGAAUCCGAACAAUUUGACCACAUAUGAAACACAGCGAUUGAUUGAACAAUUUCCUGUUGUAGUUAGUCGGCAUUUUAUGAUACGACUCAACGCUCUAAUGAAAUUUGUAAAGAACAACCAAGAGGUGUUUGGAGGUCAUUUGAAGGAUUACUGGUGGCGAAUCGAGUUUCAAAACCGUGGUAGUCCCCACUUACAUAUGUUAGUGUGGAUUGAAAACCAUCCCUCUUUCGAUACGCCAGAGGGAAUCGCAAUUUUGGAUCAAAUAUGUAAGUGUGAGAUCCCAUUAGAAAGUUCUGAUUUGUAUGAACUUGUCAAAAAAUGUCAAAUUCACCGUCAUACAAACACCUGCAAGAAAGGGGAUAAUCCUUCACUAGUGUGUCGGUUUCGUUUUCCAAGACCAGUUCAGGCUGCAACUGCUAUGAUUGCAGAAACAUCUGAUGAAUUUAUUCGAAAUGGCGGAAGAAUAUGCUUGUUAAAAAGAGGACAGGAUGAUAUAUGGGUAAACAGUUACAAUCCUACUCUUUUAAAGAUUUGGGGUGCAAAUAUGGAUAUUCAACCGUGUGGAUCUAAUGAAUCUAUUGCAUACUAUAUAGCGAAGUACAUAGCCAAAUCAGAGCCUACGGAACUAGCCCUUGCCAUCAGACAAGCAAUUCAAGAAAUCCAGAGGGAAGAUUCAGAUGUGUCUCGAAAACUGUUCAAGAUUUGCAUGAGAAUAAUGAACGAACGACAAGUUUCUGCCUGUGAAUGUGUGUACAGAUUAUGUCACCUCAAUGUCAGAGACAGCUCACGCAAAUGUAUCUUCUUGAAUACUCGACAGCCACAACAAAGGUACAUAGUACUUAAAUUUCACGAGUCUGGCCAAUCAACUGGAUAUUGUGCCAAUAUUUUUGAUCGCUAUGAAAAAAGACCCCUGGAACACGCAGACUACAAUUUCAACCAAAUGUGCUUGAUUGAGUUCGCAAUGCUAUUUGAGCCCUACUAUGCAAAGCAACAAGAUGCUAUGACAUUAAAUAUUGACGAGGAUGCAUAUGAAACCGAACAGCGCACUAAAAGGAGGUUAAUUACUCUUAUAGACGGUAGCAAAAUGACCAUAAGAAAAUUGCCAGCUGUUGUAAGAGUACCUUACUUUGUAGCCUCGACAGAUGGUGAAAAUUACUUUUAUAGCCUUCUACUCCAGUACACUCCCUACCGCAGAGAAGAAGAGCUACUGAAUGCUUUCGCCACAGCGAGAGAAGCAUUUUUGGCUAACGAAGAAAAUCUAAAAAUAACAAAUGCACAUAUGGAGUUGUAUCGCGAACGUGACAAGCAAUUGGAGAAUGCUUUUAACCAAUUUUACGCACUUCAAAUUCUUGAAGAAGCAACACCAGCUCAUCUGGAAGACGACUAUGUAGAAGAGGCCCACGAUAUACCAGUUGAUGAGGAAAAGUUCAGCUCGGCACAAAAAGCAAUGAACGUAGACCAGCGACAUUUGUUUCGAAAGGUGACCGAAAGUGUCAUUAAACAACUAGAUGGAGGCAGUGAAAGGCUGAAACUCUUUAUUACUGGUGGAGCUGGUGUUGGCAAAACAUUUAUCCUGAGCCUGCUCAGAGUUCAGAUCAAUCGAUGCUUUGCGAAAAAUGCCGUCAUCGUCUCGGCUCUAACUGGGGUCGCAGCCCGAUUAAUUGGGGGCUCAACUCUCCAUAGCACACUGAAACUCCCGGUUCAAAGAGACGGUCGGAGUGCCAACAUGUGUCCUUUGACAGGAAAUUACCUCAGAGUCAUGCGAACACAAUGGAAAAAUGUCGAGUGUAUCAUAAUAGAUGAGAUAUCGAUGGUAUCCUAUCAGAUGCUUUGUAUGAUCGACAUGCGCAUCCGUCAGCUGAAGAAUAAUUACGAUGAGUUUUUCGGAGGCAUUAAUGUACUGCUGUUUGGUGACCUAAUGCAGCUGCCACCAAUCAGACAGGGUGUUAAUACACCUGUUUACAAACAGCCCGACUAUCUUCAACCAUCCACCCAUUUAUGGCGACUAUUUUCCCUGUGUGAACUAUCGCAAAACAUGAGGCAGCAAGGAGAUGAUACCUUUAGAAACAUGUUGAAUGCGUUGAGGGUUGGUGAAAUGAGCGCUGAACAUUUUGCAACCCUGACUGACAAGCUUAUAGAAAACAAACCAACAGGAGACUUUGGCAUUGAUAAAGCUUUGCGCAUAUACCCAACAAAUGAGCAAGUCAAUACGCACAAUGAAAUUGUGCUGCAGUAUUUUAGAUCUAUUAACACCGAUAUAAUUAGGAUAAAAGCCCAGGACCAGUUGAUUGAUGCCACAAGAAACACAGAUAAUGUUGACAUACAUACACUAUUUCCCACAGACAUCAAUAAAACGGGUGGUCUACCAAGAACAAUUGAGAUUUUUGUUGGAGCAAAAGUCAUGCUUCGAUCGAACAUUGACGUGUCGAAGGGAUUAGUAAAUGGCGCUAUUGGGUAUAUUACAGAUAUUAUAUGGCCACAUUUUCGCCGUGCCCAAAUUUAUGACACAGACAUACCUUCAGUAAGAAUUGAUUUCGGCAAAGAUGGUGUACAUGAAGUUAAGCCAAAAUCAGUGCAAUUUUCUGCCAAGUACAACUACGGAACUGCUGAGAGAAGAAUGUUACCCUUAAUACUGUCAUGGGCAUCAACUGUACACAAAAUGCAAGGCUGUACAGUAGAUCACGCUGUCGUGUAUUUGGGGCCGAAGCUGUUUGAAGCAGGGCAAGCUUAUGUGGCACUGAGUAGGGUUCGCUCAUUGGACGGCCUUCGUAUAGAAGAACUGGACUGCAGAAAACUGACAGGAAAGACACCCUGCAACAACGAAGCUUUAUCCGAGCUAAAUAGACUGAAGAACACUUUAAGUCAACUCAAACUUUAG